AUGCCUCGGGUUGCAGAGGGGCCGCAAUCCAGGGACGGUCACCAAGCGACUACCGCUUGGAUAGGAACCGAGGUUCCCCGGGAGACCCGGACGCCGCUCGUAUUCCCGAACUCGCUGUGCUGGCUUCCUCCGCGGGGCUUGGGGACCUGCGCUCUCGGCCUGGAAUUCCUGCAGGGCUCAGGAGGGGGCACGAGCAUGGAGCGGCUUGGGGGUCUACUCCGAAGAGCGCAAAGGUUGUCCCCAGGACCCUCUCAGACCAUCUACAAGCGUGUGGAGGGCAGCCAGCAGGGACGCCUGGAGGAAGAAGAGGAAGACGGGGAGGAGGGGGCUGAACCGCCGGCCCACUUCUUUCCCAUGGAGCUGAGGGGCCCUGAGCCCCUGGGCUCUCGACCAGCUCGGCAAAACCCUGGACUCUGGGCAGCAGCAGGACGAAGAGCAGCCCCCUACCUGGUCCUGACAGCCCUCCUGAUCUUCACUGGGGCCUUCCUCCUGGGCUAUGUGGCCUUCCGGGGGUCAUGCCAGGCAUGCGGGGAUGACAUCAUGGUGGUCAGCGAGGACGUAAAUGAUGAGCUGAGCCCAGACUCUCACCAGGGCACGUUGUACUGGAGUGACCUCCAGGCCAUGUUCCUGCGGUUCCUGGGGGAGGGGCGUCUGGAAGACACUAUCAGGCAGACCAGUCUUCGGGAAAGGGUAGCCGGGUCGGCAGGAAUGGCAGCCCUGGCUCAGGACAUUCGCGCUGAGCUCUUGCGCCAGAGGCUGGACCACGUGUGGAUGGACACGCACUACGUGGGGCUGCAGUUCCCAGAUCCGGCUCGCCCUAACACCCUGCACUGGGUUGACGCCUCCGGGAAGCACGGGGAGCAGCUGCCACUGGAGGACCCCGACGUCUACUGCCCCUACAGCGCCACGGGUAACGCCACGGGGAAGCUGGUGUACGCCCACUACGGGCGGCCGGAGGACCUGCAGGACCUGCGGGCUCGGGGUGUGGAGCCGGCGGGGCGCCUCCUGCUGGUGCGCUUGGGAGUGAUCAACUUUGCCCAGAAGGUGGCCAGUGCCCAGGACUUUGGGGCCCAAGGAGUGCUCAUAUAUCCGGACCCGGCAGACUUCUCCCAGGGCCCGCACAAGCUCAGCCUGUCCAGUCACCGGGCUGUGUAUGGACAAGUGCACCUGGGGACGGGGGACCCCUAUACGCCUGGCUUUCCUUCCUUCAAUCAGACCCAGUUCCCUCCAGUCCAGUCCUCGGGUCUCCCAAGCAUCCCAGCCCAGCCCAUCAGUGCGGACAUUGCCUCCCUCCUUCUGAGGAAGCUUGAAGGCCCUGUGGCCCCCCAGGAAUGGCAGGGGCACCUACCAGUCUCCCCUUAUCGCCUGGGCCCUGGGCCAGGCCUGCACUUGGGGGUCAACAACCACAGGGCCUCCACGCCCAUCAGUAACAUCUUUGGCUGCAUCGAGGGCCGCUCUGAGCCAGAUCAGUAUGUGGUCAUCGGGGCCCAGAGGGAUGCGUGGGGCCCAGGAGCGGCCAAGUCCGCUGUGGGGACCGCCAUACUGCUGGAGCUGGUGCGGACCUUUUCCUCCAUGGUGAGCAAUGGCUUCCAGCCCCGCCGAAGUCUUCUCUUCAUCAGCUGGGAUGGUGGUGACUUCGGGAGUGUGGGCUCCAUGGAGUGGCUGGAGGGCUACCUCAGCGUGCUGCACCUUAAAGCCGUGGUCUAUGUGAGCCUGGACAACGCAGUGCUGGGGGAUGACAAGUUUCACGCCAAGACCAGCCCCCUUCUCAUCAGCCUCAUUGAGAACAUUCUGAAGCAGGUGGACUCUCCCAACCGCAGUGGGCAGACCCUCUACGAGCAGGUGGUGGUCACCAACCACAGCUGGGAAGCCGAGGUGAUCCGGCCACUGCCCAUGGACAGCAGCGCCUAUUCCUUCACGGCCUUUGCGGGGGUUCCUGCCGUUGAGUUCUCCUUCCUGGAGGACGGCCCGGCAUACCCGUUCCUGCACACAAAGGAUGACACCUAUGAGAACCUGCACAGGGUACUGCGGGGCCGCCUGCCCGCCGUGGCCCAGGCCGUGGCCCAGCUCGCCGGGCAGCUCCUCAUCCGGCUCAGCCACGAUCACCUGCUGCCCCUCGACUUCGGCCGCUACGGGGACGUGGUCCUCAGGCACAUCGGCAGCCUCAACGAGUUCUCUGGGGACCUCAAGGCCCGCGGGCUGACCCUCCAGUGGGUGUACUCGGCGCGGGGGGACUACAUCCGGGCGGCCGAAAAGCUGCGGAAGGAGAUCUACAGCUCGGAGGAAAGCGACGAGAGGCUGAUGCGCAUGUACAACGUGCGCAUCAUGCGGGUGGAGUUCUACUUCCUGUCCCAGUACGUGUCGCCGGCCGACUCCCCGUUCCGUCACAUCUUCCUGGGUCGCGGAGACCACACGCUCCACGCGCUUCUGGAUCACGUGCGGCUGCUGCGCGCCGGCGGCGCAGGGGCCACCUCCUCCCAGGUGGCAAGGGGCCUGGGCUUCCAGGAGAGCCGCUUCCGGCGCCAGCUGGCCCUGCUUACCUGGACGCUGCAGGGGGCAGCCAACGCGCUGAGCGGGGACGUCUGGAACAUCGAUAACAACUUCUGA